CAAGGUCUUCACAUUGGUGGAGAUGUCUUUUUAACUGUGCACAGAAAAGAGAGAAGAAGAUCAGAUUAAACAAUUGGAAGACAGAGAUUAAUGACCAAAAGUGAUCAAAUAAGGUUUUUCACCAGAAAUUCUCUGAAAAGGAAUACACGGAGAUACAAUGACUGAGAACGGCUGUGAAUACCGUGACAGGGUGCUGACGAUGGACACGAUGAACCCGAACGUUAAACGCGUGGAAUACGCUGUACGGGGUCCCAUAGUCCAGAGGGCAGUUCAGAUCGAAAGAGAACUCAAGAUGGGAAUAAAGAAGCCGUUCACAGAGGUCAUUAAAGCCAACAUCGGUGACUGCCAUGCUAUGGGCCAGAAACCCAUCACCUUCUUCAGACAGGUCUUGGCAUUGUGCUCUUAUCCAGAUCUUCUUGAAGACAGCAAAUUUCCAGAAGAUGCCAAAAGUAGAGCUCGCCGCAUUCUCCAAGCGUGUGGUGGAGGAAGUCUCGGUGCUUACAGUACUAGUCAGGGAAUUGAAAUGAUUCGUCAGGACAUUGCACGGUACAUUGAACAGCGAGAUGGAGGAAUCACAUGUGACCCUGACAACAUUUACUUAUCCACAGGAGCCAGUGAUGCGAUCGUGGUAAGCAGAUAUGACAAACAGACCAAAAUGUAACAUACAUUUUUUUUUAAAGUGUUCAUGUGAAUUGAUUUAUACAAAAUAGAUAUGUGAAUCACACACUCUAGACCAGAGUCUCAUCUUCACAGUCUUGUGGAGCUUAGGUCCAACCCUGCUCCAAUACUCCAACCUGUAUAGUUUUCAAUUCUGAAAACUUUGAUUAUGAGGUUCAGAUGGGUUGGUUUAAUCAGUGAGUUGAGAUAAAUUUUUACCAGAGCGAAUUUUGACACCCUCGCUCAAGGACACUGAAAACUUGUCAGCACUGCCCUGUGACUUUUAUCAGUAAAAUAGCUUUGCUGUUAAAAAGCUGCAUUAUAGUACACAGCAAUAAUGUGGUAAUAUUGCUGUCUAGAGAGACAUGGCACAGAAAAAGGUAAUUGACAU